AGUGCAAAUGUGAUAUCGGUUCGAAUCGCACCGAUAAGCGACCGCUGCUCUAAGGGGACCGCUCGUCAGCGGCAACGUCAGCGCUCAAUCAGUUGGCGAGCGAGCUGGAGAGCGGAGCUCCGGAACGCUACAAGCUGACAACGCCGGAACGCCAAACAGUCGAAAGCGGUUCGAUUAGCGACGUGGUGAAGUUUUUUUUUUGAGCGGAUAUAUAGUAUAUGUAUAUAUAUAUAUGCAAGUUUUUGCUGGCCAAAACAAAGGGGGGUAUUGCAAAAAUUACAAACUUUAGCCAGAAUGCCAAGCCAACAGAUUUGUUGUUGAGAAAAUAAAGACAUGGCCCAGCUACAGAAUGUGGGCCAGGAUCAUCAGGCUGUGGUUGGUUCAACUUUGGCCUCGGUUCUGCUUCUGAUGGGCUUGGUGUUUACUCUUCUGGGGAUUAAGUUCUUCGGCUUCCGGAGACGACUGACUUUUGAUAGAUCCCAGCAGGUGCAACAGCCCCAACAACAAUCCCAACAGCCGCCACGUUACGCAGCUUAUGAAUCGCAGGUAAACGGCACCGAUACCGCCGUCCAUGGAGUCUUUCGGCGUCGCAAUCUCGAGGAAUUCGAAAGUCCAUGGCCAUCAGUAGCGGCCGCAACGCCAGCCAGUAGCUAUAUCACUGGAAGUGUUCCAAAUCUGCGCCUGAUUGGCGCCGCCAGUCCCAAGGAGACGAGGGCCACCGAACACGCCAAAGUCUCCUACCGAGGACAGACCCAAUCCCAACGGCAACGACGUCUGGAGGUGCACAGUGAGCACUAUGAGUACUACACGGCUCCGCCUACUCGUCAGCCACCUUCACCGCCCACGCAACCAGAUCCUGCCCAGGCACCUGUUCCACAAACUGUGCCAAGUGUGGAAUCAAAUGAGGCAACUGCAGCUUCUCCUGCCAAGCAAUCAUUGCCGGAAACAGCUCCAGAGCCACCCAGCGAACUGGGAAUGCCCAACUUCAGUCACUUUGCGGAAAAAUACGAACUGAUCAGCGUGCAACCCCCGCGGGAAGUCAGCAGACCCACAAAUCUGAUGUGCAAGAAUAGUGGUCGGUAUGUCAAGUUCGAGCCGGUCGACGAUGACCCGGAGAUUCUUACACCCGAAGACCAGGUGCCAGAGCUACUCUCGCCCGAUGACGGACUGGGAGGUCCUCUGUCCGUGAUUGCUGUGGUACAUCAAGGAGCUCUACCGAAGACCGAACCGGAAACUCCAACAGAAACAGAGCUUCAAGUGGAGCAACCCCAAGAUCCAGACUCAGCUUUUGUUGUGGAAAUAAUAGCUGGUAGUCCGGAGGCAGAAGUUGCUCCACCAUUAGAACGCAACCUCUUCGCUGACCUGGAACUACCACAGGGUGAGUUGGACACGGAUUUUCAGCGAAUACGCUCAUCCUUCCAUAUGAACGAAGCCGACAUCCUGGAUGUGGAUCAACAGCGGUUGCCACCGCCUAGCAGUCCACCUGGAUUCGGCAAGAGCAUCGACGAGGACUGGGAGAACUUUGAGAACCUGGAUGCCGUAGCGGAAUUUCCAGAGCCCAACUGGGCACUACAUCCCAACAGCCUGGAGCAAGUGCCCACGGUGGAGGCCACUCUGAGGGAAGCAACGCUUUCCCUGGACAAUGUGGAGCAGACGGAGAAUCUGUUCGAUCGGCUGGAGCUAAUAGAACCCAGAUUAGAGAUCUUCGAACCGGAACCAGAACCUCCGGCGCCGAUAAUGCCGCCGCCUCCGCCAUACGACCCGGGUCUUCCCUACCUCCCCGACUACGAGUCCCUGAUGCAGCUGGACGUUUCUCGGAGCGCACAGAAUCUGCCAAAGUACACUGAAGUUAUGGAACAAAGGUCCAAGAAAGCCAAUUACGUGAGUAGCAUAGAGGAUCUGUACGCCGAACUGGAAGUAAAUGAAACGGAAGUGACAGGAUCUGGAGCAGCCCAGAGCAACGGCAUCGACUCUUUCGAGGAGCUGUGUCAGGAAAUGUCCGUGACAGAGGUGCCGGCACCACCGACGCGCCCGCCUCCCCAGCCCGCUCCAAGAUCCCUUAGAUCUUCGACUCUAAAUGUCCGCGGCGAUGCUCCUCCCCUGGCUUGCUAUCAACCGGAAGAGCUGCCCAGCUCCAGUUCCAGUGACGCCGACGGGGAGGUGGCCGUUCGCUCAGCUCCAGAGCCUGCCAAGCGGGUUCGUUUCGAUGUGGAAAACCUUCAAUACUACCAAUCGGCCGAAGUGGUGAACUCCAGUGACGAGUCCGAGGAGGAACCGGAGCGGCCACGACCCACACCCAUGCAGCGCUGCAUUGUGUUCGACUCUGAGACCAAUGACCAUGGAGUCCCCAGUCUUUUUGGAGCACAAGUCUCACAGGCUUCGGACAGCGAUGAGGACGACGAUGGCUUCGGCAGGGCCAUCAGCCAGCACCGCACCAUGACGGCGGCACUGAGAAUCCAUGCCGUCAGGGGUGACACGGAGGCCUAGACGGCCUCUCCACUAUUCCCAGAACUUCCUUAGCAAAUACAGUAUUUUAUGUGUUAAUUAUUGCCAAAUGGCUAUGACCUAUUAAUGUACAUAUGUUUCAUAGAUAAGUUGCCAUAUCACGUUAACUAUAUAUUAUAAUAAAGUUAUAGCAGGAAAGCCAUUAAAGAUAAAGAAACGAAAAUUCAGUGGAAGUGAGUCAAUAAAAUAACCUUGUGUGCUCUACUUUUUAA